CCACAAGUCAAAAACAAAGACUGAUUAAGCUUUUCCAUGUUGAGAACAACAGCUGCCACGUUCCUAGCCAUAGCCGUUUAUUCUUUCUUUGUUCUCCUCUUCUCUCCUCCUCCAAAAUCAUAUUAUCACUCACUGUUUAUAUCAAAUUCACUGUCUGAUAAUGUCUCCAUAUCUCACCAUCUCUACACCCUCACCCGCCGCCCGCAUGUUGCCGGCUCCGAAGCCAACGCCGAGGCUGCAUCCUAUGUUCUUUCCACCCUCUCAGCCUGCAACAUCAAGGCACACGUUGUCUCCUAUGAAGUUUUACUUUCCUACCCGGAUUCACGCUCGUUGACUCUCACACCUUCUCCUUCGGAGCCACCUAUAACUUUUGAUCUGAAACAGGAAAUAUACGAGGGUGAUCCCUAUGCGGCUGUGGCUCGUGAAGUGCUGCCUACUUUCCACGCAUACGCCAGGUCCGGUUCGGUGACCGGACAAGUGGUUUAUGUGAACUAUGGGCGGGUGCAGGACUACGAGACGUUGAAAGAAAUGGGAGUGAACGUUACGGGUACUGUUGUUCUGGCUAGAUAUGGAAAGAUUUAUAGAGGAGACAUUGUGAUGAAUGCUUUUGAUGCCGGUGCUAUUGGGGCACUGGUGUAUACGGAUAGGAAAGAUUACGGCGGCGGAGGAGGUGAUGCGAAGUGGUUUCCGGAUGACAAAUGGAUGCCGCCGAGUGGGGUUCAGGUGGGAACAGUCUAUAACGACUCCGGUGAUCCUACUACGCCUGGAUGGGCUAGCACCGAAGGGUGCGAGAGGGUGUCAAUGGACGAGUUAGAGAGCAGUGGGGAUGUUCCUUUGAUACCUUCGUUGCCGAUAUCCGGCGCCGAUGGCGAAACGAUCUUGAGGUCAAUCGGUGGACAAACUGCAAAAGAUGAUUGGCAGGGAAGCAAAGAUUCACCAACUUACAGAGUUGGACCAGGACCGGGAGUUGUCGGUCUCGAUUACAAAGGAAAACAAGUAUUUGCAACAAUUCAAAAUGUCAUUGGCGUUAUUGAAGGAGAGGAAGAGCCCGACAGGUUCGUUAUACUGGGCAAUCAUCGUGAUGCAUGGACAUUUGGAGCUGUUGAUCCCAACAGUGGUACAGCAACACUUCUAGAGGUUGCACAAAGACUCUGGAAGCUACAAAGAAAAGGCUGGAAACCACGACGAACAAUCAUUUUGUGCAAUUGGGAUGCUGAGGAGUAUGGCUUGGUAGGAUCAACAGAAUGGGUAGAAGAAAACAGAGAGUUGCUGUCUUCAAGGGCAGUCGUCUACAUAAACGUGGACUCUGCAGUAACAGGAGCAGGAUUUCGUGCUUCUGCUACUCCACAGCAUGAUGAUCUGCUCAAACAAGCUGCUCAACAGGUUCAAGACCCAGAUAACUCAUCACAAACAAUCUACGAACAAUGGGUUCGGUCCGGUGCCUCUCCUUUGAUUGGGCGAUUAGGAGGAGCAGGUUCUGAUUAUGCAGCUUUUCUUCAACAUAUCGGUGUUCCGGCAGCGAACAUGCAGUUUGGAACAGGAGGAUACCCAGUAUAUCACUCAAUGUAUGAUGACUACAUCUGGAUGGAAACUUUUGGUGACCCCAUGUUUCGUAGAAGCGUUGGAGUGGCAAGUGUUUGGGGUUCAGUAGCUCUUCGGCUGGCAGAUGAGGAGUUCUUGCCUUUUAAUUAUCAUUCCUAUGCAUUUGAAAUCCAGAAGCUUGCAGAAGACCUGGAAAAAGAGGUUUCAGGUAAAGGCAUAACCUUUUCUCCGUUGUUCAAGUCUAUUGAGGAGCUAGCAAAAGCAGCCACCAAGAUAAAUAGCCAGAAAAAGGAAAUAAAAGAAGCUAAAGGUUGGACAUCAAUGUGGAGAAAUGACCAUAACAGAGUACGAGAACUAAAUGACAGACUAAUGAUGGCAGAACGGGCAUUUACGGACCCUGAUGGACUUCUUAGAAUGCCAUGGUACAAACACUUGAUUUAUGCACCGUCGAGGCACAAUGCAUAUGGAUCUACAACCUUCCCAGGCAUAGAUGAUGCAAUUGAUAGUGCAAAGAAUCUAAACACUGCCGAGUCAUGGAAUUUGGUGCAACAUGAAGUUUGGAGAGUUGCUAGGGCUGUUAGGCAUGCGUCCUUAGUCCUCAAUGGAGACCUAACAUGAAUGAGCAAGAUGAUCUACCCUUGAGACUGUGGUGUACUUUAGUGAGAGUGUAGGGGUAUAAGACAUCUCUAGAUUCUGCAAAUUCACUUUCUUGCUUUUCACUAAAAUUAAUCAUCAGUAUCGAGCUUUAUUUCA